AUGACGAUAGCGCCAGGAUGUCCGGCGGGCAUCGCGCCAUCAAAGCGUGCAGUGGUAGAAAUUCAUAGCCCAAAUACUGCUACACCUGCGAGGAUAUCCACCCCUCCUCCAGUGUCCGAAAGGGGCCGCCUGGAACCGAGGAUCAAUAGCGAUAUUGGCAAUGCCAAAGCCGUUCGCCAUUCGAGAGGGACUACCAGCAGUGUGAGCGGUAUAGACCCCGAAAUCCUGACAAAAGCCUUAUCGCGUGAGCUCUCUUCCGAGCGCCGCGAGAGUACGCCUGGCGCAAGUCCUAGUAGGAAGCGGCAGCGGAUCAAUGGAGACAGAUUCAUCCCCUCCCGCUCUGGUCAAGAUCUCCAUGCGAGCUUCAGCCUGUUGCAUGAUGAAGGGUCGCCAGCUACGCCCUCGCGACAGAAGAAGAGAACACCUCAUGGUGAAUUGCAUUUUCAGAGGACAGAGGAAGCUAAUCGCACCUUUUCAACCUUGUUGCGAUCAGAACUGUUUGAAAGUUCGAUACCACAGGCAACCCCACCAGCAAUGUCGCCAGAGGCCUCGAUUUCUAACCACUCUACUCGUGUUCAUGACCCUACGAGAUCUAGCACACCGCCCAACAACAAUCCACCUUCAUCAUUGCCUUCGUCCUUCACUCCUUCUACCCCACACAAAAAUCUCUUCUCCUACCUGUCGCCACGGCAUCACACAAAUGUUGCUGGACAUCCCACACCUUCUAGAACACCACAGAGCAGGCACGGCCCAAAUCUAGAUACCAGAUCUGAGAUAUACAGUCUAUCACCAGUCCGCUUUGGCAGUCAACAGAUGCUGCUUAGUCCGCGGCGUCAACCAAGAGCCGUGUCCAAAGUGCCGUACAAGGUGCUAGAUGCCCCCGAACUGGCAGAUGAUUUCUAUUUGAAUCUGGUGGAUUGGGGAAGUGCCAACGUGCUUGGCGUUGGACUGGGGUCCAGCGUUUACAUGUGGAAUGCACAAACCAGUAGGGUAAACAAGCUUUGUACCCUCGAGGAUGACACAGUAACCAGUGUGUCAUGGAUUCAAAAGGGAACGCAUCUUGCCAUCGGUACCGGCAAGGGCCUUGUACAGAUUUGGGAUGCCGAAAGGUCAAGAAGAUUGCGUACUAUGACGGGCCACACUGCCCGAGUGGGUUCCCUUGCAUGGAACACGCAUAUUUUGACGUCUGGUUCAAGAGACCGACUGAUAUAUCAUCGAGAUGUGCGUGCCCCCGACCAAUGGUUCCGAAAACUCGUUGGGCAUAAACAAGAGGUUUGUGGUCUGAAAUGGAACUGCGACGAUGGCCAACUUGCUAGUGGUGGCAAUGAUAACAAGUUGAUGGUCUGGGACAAGCUCUCGGAUACACCACUAUGGAAGUUCUCGGACCACACAGCAGCCGUGAAGGCAAUAUCAUGGUCACCACACCAGAAGGGCUUGUUGGCGUCGGGUGGCGGAACGGCUGACCGAAGAAUCAUAUUCCACGAUACUGUUCGUGGCACCGUGAUCAACGAGGUAGAUACGGGAAGCCAGGUGUGCAACAUUGCCUGGUCGAAAAACUCCAAUGAAAUCGUAUCAACGCACGGUUACAGCCAGAACCAGAUCGUUGUCUGGAAGUACCCCUCCAUGACGCAAGUGGCCAGUCUGACAGGUCAUACCUACCGAGUGCUCUAUCUUGCAAUGAGCCCAGACGGUCGUACGGUAGUAACAGGUGCCGGCGAUGAGACGCUCAGAUUCUGGACAGUAUUUGGGAGGAGACCCGGCACCCGAGAAGACUCUGAUGGAGGUGGAGGACGACUUGCUGAGUGGAGCGUAAUCCGGUAA